UUCGAGCAAUCGCGAGCUAUCGAAACAAAUAACGAGCGCCGUUGUCAUUCUCUCCAUAGUCCAGUUCGCUCGUGAUUUCACAGUACGCCAUUUUCUUUGUGUGUGAAGUGUCGAAGCAGACGGAAUAUCGCUGUUUUUAAUUCAAGUAAAAGUUAAUCUCACUACUGUAGUAGAGAGAAAUGGCGUCGCGCAAGAAAACGCUCCUGAAAGUGAUCAUCCUUGGUGAUUCCGGAGUGGGAAAAACCUCGUUAAUGAAUCAGUAUGUUAAUAAAAAGUUCAGCAACCAGUAUAAGGCUACAAUCGGCGCUGACUUUCUCACCAAGGAAGUUAUGGUUGACGGCAGGAUAGUCACUAUGCAGAUCUGGGACACGGCAGGGCAGGAAAGGUUUCAAUCCUUGGGCGUAGCUUUUUACAGAGGCGCCGACUGUUGUGUUUUGGUUUUUGACGUUGCUGCGCCGAACACCUUCAAGUCCCUAGAUUCAUGGAGAGACGAAUUCCUCAUUCAAGCGUCGCCCACAGAUCCGGACAACUUUCCUUUCGUUGUUCUCGGCAACAAAGUCGACCUCGAGACUAAAGCCGUUGCGGGAAAACGAGCUCAACAAUGGUGUGAGUCUAAGAACAAUAUUCCAUACUUUGAGACGAGUGCUAAGGAGGCGAUAAACGUCGAGCAAGCCUUUCAAACGAUAGCCAAAAAUGCGCUAGCUCAAGAAAACGAGGUGGAAUUAUACAACGAGUUCCCACCCCAAAUAAGAUUAUCCGACGAUACAAAAAACAAUGGGAAGGGAGAUUCUUGUGCCUGCUAGAUACAAACGUAACUCAAUUUUGGAGCAAGUAUAACGUCUGGUCAGCGUCCCGGAGGACGCUAUGAGCAACCUAGACAAAGAGUCGACCUGACAUUUUUGGGAUCGGUGAAAUGUAAAUGCGAUAUUGAAGAUAAACUAUAAAAAAAAAAUGAAUUAAAACUGAACACAAUGAUGAAUUAAAAAGAAAUUAAAUUAAAUAUACACAUACUAGGCUCAGAACUCUGAUUUCUGAUUUAUAUUAAUUAUUUUAUUGUAUAUGUGAAAUGUAUAGGUAUCUAUAUUGAAGAAUAAAAAUAUUGUAUAGCAUUA